AAGCGUGAUGUCGGGAAGAGGAAAAGGAGGCAAAGGCCUGGGAAAAGGCGGAGCGAAGCGGCACCGCAAAGUGCUCCGUGAUAACAUCCAGGGCAUCACGAAGCCAGCCAUCCGGCGCCUGGCUCGCCGUGGCGGGGUCAAGCGCAUCUCGGGCUUGAUCUACGAGGAGACCCGCGGGGUGCUGAAGGUUUUCCUGGAGAAUGUGAUCAGGGAUGCGGUGACCUACACUGAGCACGCCAAGCGCAAGACGGUCACUGCCAUGGAUGUGGUGUACGCUCUGAAACGCCAGGGCCGCACUCUCUAUGGGUUCGGCGGCUGAGCAAAUCGACCCUUUUCCAGCGAACCCAAAGGCUCUUUUCAGAGCCACCCAAAUCCUCCGAUUGAGAGCGGAGACCUGAGGACGGAGAAGGCAAUACAUAGGAAAGGUGCAGCGACUCUUAAAUUUUGUAUCAACCCCUUUAAGGAAAUAUAUUAACUUCGUGUCCCGCGUUACAGGAGAGAGAGAGAG